GAAUCCGUUUUUGUGGGAAAUGAUUAUUUUUUUUGGCACUCGCACUUGAGGUUCUCGCUGAUUUUUCAAGCACGGUGCAUACGCUUCUUGGGACAAUGGUGUCCUUGUCAGUGUAUGCCCUUUUACCUGUCAGCGUUUUGCUGUGGCUUGUGAGCCCCUCAAUCUCAGACAAAUGUGAUAGCUCGUUUGGGUUCUCUGGUGUGCCAGGCAUCCCAGGAACUCCUGGUACUAAUGGAAAAAGUGGACCAAAGGGAGCAAAAGGAGAUCCUGGUGAAGACACACAGCCGGUGAGGGGAGCCAAGGGUGAACUGGGUGCUCCUGGACGCCCUGGUAGACCUGGCCUCAAGGGGGAUGAAGGGGCACCUGGUGCACCAGGACUAAAGGGUCCAGAGGGUUCAAAAGGAUCUUUUCAGACGAUUUCAAAUGUUAAUCCGGCAUUUUUCUCUAAUAAAAGAAGGCCUAAUUCCAGAACUAGUAUAACCCAAAAUAAAAUCAUUGAAUUUGAAGACUUGGUCUCUCCUGAGAAGCCUGGUGAAACACUGCGCGACAGUCUUUUCACAGCCCAACAGCCAGGCAUUUAUUACUUUGUGUAUCAUGUGUCUGCAUUGCACACUGCUUGCCUGUGUAUUAAGAAGACGGACACAGUAGUAUUGACCAUGUGUGAUUUUUCACAAGGGGUGAUGCUGACCUCUGGGUCUGUGGUCCUGGACCUGAAGCUAAUGGACACUGUGGGUGUGUAUGUCUGCACUAAAUCAAGUCAGAUCAUCAGCAAAGAUGCAGAUAACACUUUCACUGGCGUCCUGCUAUUCCCAUCAUAAAUAUUCAGAAAAAUAAAGCAGUUUCAGUGUCUCACCUAAUUAACCUUUUUUUGAAGCAUCUCCAUGAUUUCAGAUAAUUAUUUCUGGGUUCACUUUGCCUUUUUUCCAGUAUGUUCCAGUAUCUUAUUAAGCAACUUGUAUUUUUUUUUUUUUUUUUUUUAAAUCAUGAACAAAUGGAAUAGAACUGUUAACAAACAUACCUAUGUAAUCACAUGACUAACCAUUUAAUGCAAACAACAAUAAAGUUAAAAUAAAUAGAAA